CAGAAACAGAAUCCUGGAUGGGAGUGACUGCGAGCUUCAGCAGAGCCUGUUCAGAAUCAGCAUGAACACCUCUUCACUGAAGAUGACCCACUCUGAUUACCUGCCAUUAAGCUUUAUGGAAAUUCAGUGUAGAUCCUGCCCUAGUUUGAAUUAAGCGUAUGCCACAUUAGCAAUCUGGAAUACUCUAAAAGAAAAUAAAGCCAAAAUAGAAUUUUCUAAUUGCUUUAAAAAAAUGUAUUUUAACAAUUUAAUAUAAAGUCCAAACUACGUUUACACACAUCCUUUCAUAGUGACCCAUGUUAUAGAAUUACACUUACCAGGACUUUAAAGGACUUUACAGCUUCCAUAAGGAUCCUCCAAGAAGAGAAACAGCAUAGUGGUGGACAACAUUUUCAGAAACCAAAGGUUUCUAGAAAGAAAACGACUAUGUUGCACCUAAAGAAACACUUCACAGAGGAGCUGAUUCAGAUGGCCAUCCUGUUAAGUCUAUGUGGAGUAAGAUUGAAUGUGGGACUAGAGCCGUACCUGCCUCGUUCUUGGCAUGAGAUGAUUCUGGGUCAGACCUCUGCACUGACCAAAACACAGUUCCACAACCUCCACAACCAGCACAGCUUGAAUCCCAAGACUGUGGACCUGGAGCAGUUUUUCACAGCACGCAGGCUGUUAGGCUGGGUCCACUCUCUGGACAGGAUACAGGUUCCUCAGGCAGAGCUGGAGACAUGGUUGGUCCAGCGGGAACCAGGUUCUCUACUUGGGGGAUUUCCUGAACAGUCCUCCCUGAUAGAGAGUGUCCAAAGUGAGCCAACAGUGGAGCAAGGAGCUGUACUGGGUAGUCUGGAGGAAGAUGAGAGAAUUGAUGUUGACAGAAGUAGUGAAGGGGAAUCCCAAUCCUCUGACACUGAAACCAUACUGUCUUCCAAUAUGAUCACUGAAAAUCAGCCACUGGCCCUGGAACUGGAACUCCACUGGCAGGAUCUAAUGGACAUCUUGGAGCCUGAGAAUAAAGAUGUAGAAAUGAUGGCCUCUUUAAACCACCUAACUGAGUCAAGAACCCCUGCAGCUGAAGCUCUGCCCCAAUGCUUAAGCUUUGGUGGCAAUGCUGGAACAGUGGCUCAUCAAAUGGACCUUCUCACAGGGACUCUCUUGCAGCAUGAUUUGACUCCUGACCAGUUGGAGCAGCAGCCGGUCCUUCUUCCCCUGACUCCUAGUGAUAAGUUGGAAGACCACAGUUCAGCGCUGAACACAGGGGUCACUUUAGAAAGCUCCAAUAUGGACUCCUGGACAAUUCCUUCAAACUACAUAGAGCUGCUGGGAGAAAAUCCUGCACAAGACUUUGACAAAGGAAUAAAUGCUGAAGUGAACUUGACAACCUUCAGCAUGAACCUGUUAACACAAGAUGUUACCACCUUCAGCUCUGACUUUCACUUGUAUGACCUGAACACUCCUAGUUACAGCAAAGCUUCAAAAGGGAGUGAUUUAAACCGAGACUUAAACCGAGGAACAUCAUCCAAUGUGUUGGAUAAGGAAUAUGCAGACAGUCUUCCCAGCAAAAUUAGUGACCUCUCUGAGGAUUUUAACAAUCUGGAAGACAUAAACUUGUUGAAUGAAGCACUGGAGGAAGGAUUCAGUCCUGAGAUGGAAGCCAGGCUUGAAGAAGAAGCCUACCGACAUUGUGAAGGAGCCCAUCAGGGAAGUGACAGCGCUGGCAACUGGAUGGAAGAUCAGAGGCAGCCUAAUAUACAAGACGGGGGCCGAGUGGAGACAGACUCAGACUCCGGCCUGUCUUUGGACUUCAUCCACAGCCCUUCUUCUUUUAUUGUUUCUGAAGGCUCAGCAGAUGAUUCCUCUUCUUCUGUUUCAAUAAAUUCUUCUUCAUCCUGUGUGUCAGAUGUGGAAAAUCUAUUUUCUGACGAGGAUUGCAGCAACAAGGGAGGCUUAGCUGGAUCAGAUUCAGAAGUGGAAGUGACCAUCAAGCAAGAGGAGGUGGAAGAGGAGGAGAUGGGAGCUGUGGGAGGAGUUUUUCCUGCACAUGAUAUGCCACUGUUCCCUGCCAGCCAUGAGGAUUACAAACCGUUUCACAGCUUCUCCUGGCUGGAACAUAUAGGGCAUGACCAUACCUACAACAACCAGCCUUUGUCCUCAUCAUCUUCUCCCGCUCGGGGGAGGAUGCCCUCAGAACCGACCAAAUCUGCUGUCAGACAUGAGAAAGACAGGCCAAAUCACCGCUCCUCCUCCAGUCUGGUUUCAGAAGCUAAAAUCCGGAACAGAGAUGAACAGCGAUCACAAGCCCUCCGGAUCCCUUUCUCGUAUGAUCUCAUUGUCAACAUGCCAGUGGAGGAGUUUAACGACCUGCUGACCAGCUACCAACUCAGCAAGGAGCAGCUGACCCUCAUCAGGGACAUACGACGGCGUGGAAAGAAUAAGAUCGCUGCACAGAACUGCAGGAAGAGGAAGCAAGAUGUUCUGCUUACAUUAGAAGAUGACUUGAAAGCACUGAGAACCCACCAGUCACAGUUGCUAAAUGAAAAACAGAACAGCCUUAUGCAUUUGCAGGACAUGAAGAGUAGAUUUGGAAUGUUGUACCAGGAAAUCUUCUCCAAGCUGAAGGACGAUGAUGGGAGACCACUGGAUGCUAGAGAAUACAUGCUUUGUUUUAGACCUAACGAUACAGUCACUGUGGUUUCACUGAGAGCAAAUCACAACAGCAAAAAACAUAGAGAUAUAAAGAAGAGGAGGUGAAUAUGCCAGAAGAACUGAGUAGGUUAAACCCCUGGCAAGAUAAACUUUCAACAAGGACUUGCAUGAGAAACAACUUGGGAAUUACGGUAACAAAAUUCCACAAAAAACUCAAAAACCAGGAAUUUCAAUUUGUUACACAUCCAAACCUAACCCAGUUCACGUCCUCUAGGCUUUUUUGUUACAAAGAUAAUGAUGAGUUAAACAUAAAUCAAAGAUAAAAGCCCUUCAGUCUUUCAGUUAUUACGAUUUUUAUAUCUUAGAUACUUUGAUUCAAAUGAAUCAAACCCAAAAAAUUAUCAUCCUGAUGUUAGUAAAUCUGUAAUACAUGCGCUGCUCCGCUUUCUCAGUGUAAACAUUUCAUAAGAAAUGUUGAUCUUUAGAGAACAGGGAAUCCCUGCUUCUGGGAGUAGCACUGAAAUAUUCUGUUAAACAGAGCAAGGCACUGAUUACUGUCAGCACGUAGCGGCCAGGUGGAAAUAUUAUAGACAGCAAAGAUAAGCUUUUCACUUGCAGUAUAUUGCAAAGACACGCCAUUAAGGGGCAGACCCUGGAUCAACCAUGGAUCUACAGUUCUUGGAGUAACCACAAGCCAUUCUGUUGUUUAGGCUCCAGCACUGAAGAACUGAAGCUAUUUAAGACUUUAAAUUUCAGCUGUUUUGCAACUUUUUUGUAUUGUGUGUAAUUUUAUCCUGGUUUUUGAUUUUACCUGUAAUAUUUGGUUGUAAAAAACAAUAAUGCAUCAAUGAAAUUCAGAAGUGAAGGCUGAUCAUUUUGUGCAGUGAUUUGUAAGUAGCACGCAACAGACUGCAGGAUUGCCAAGAACUUACUGUAGAAAUGUGUUUAUUUUGUUACAAACUAUUUGUUAAAGUAUAAAAUACAAAUAUACUUUAUCAAGCAUA